AAUUGUGAAUUAAAGUUUUGAUUUUUAUCACUUGGGUGUUUUUUAUCUUGUGUGUUGAAUGACUCUACUUGUUGAAAGUUUCAGCUUUUUAUGCUUUGUGGGUAUUCUUAGUUUUUGUAAAUCCUUUCAUGGUUCUUGAAAAUUGUGAAUUCAAGUUUUGAUUUUUAGCACUUGGGUGUUUUUUCUUGUGUGUUGAAAGAUAGUACUUGUGUAGUGUAUAACAACAUAUUCAGUGAGGUAGGAGUUACGUAGGCCUUAUCGCUAUCUCGUGUCUUGUGCACAUAGGAGUUACGUAGGCCUUAUCACUAUCUCGUGUCUUGUGCACAUAGGAGUUACGUAGGCCUUAUCACUAUCUCGUGUCUUGUGCAGAUAGGAGUUACGUAGCCUUAUCACUAUCUCGUGUCUUGUGCAGAUAGGAGUUACGUAGGCCUUAUCACUAUCUCGUGUCUUGUGCAGAUAGGAGUUAUGUAGGCCUUAUCACUAUCUCGUGUCUUGUGCAGAUAAGAGAAGGAAAUAAUGGAUGAAGCACCGCCAUCAAAGUCAUUAUGGCAAUAUAUCUCGGCCUACUGGACGAUGCUUUGUGAAAUGUAUUACAACAAGCCGAUUUCACAUUGGAUUCUUCUGUUUCUAAGUAGCAUGGGGAUGCUUGUUCCGUUCCCUGCUUCUAGCCUCUUGUCCCGUUUAUAUUUUGCAAAUGGUGGGAAGAGCAAGUGGAUAAUUUCAUGGGUUUCAGUUGCAGGAUGGCCUAUGAUCGCGAUAGUCCUAAUCCCUUCGUACUUCUUUCUUAAAGUGUUCCCGACGCCACUCGACUUAAAACUAACUUUAUCUUAUAUUGUCUUGGGAUUCUUGAGUGCUGCUGACAACCUCAUGUAUGCAUAUGCCUAUGCCUAUCUACCAGCAUCAACCGCUGCUCUUUUAGCCUCGACUUCACUGGUGUUCUCUGCAUUAUUCGGAUAUGUUCUCGUGAAAAACACUAUGAAUCUAUCAAUCAUAAAUUCUAUCGUGAUCAUCACUGCUGCCAUGACGAUCAUUGCUCUUGAUUCAAGUUCAGACAGGUAUGGAUACAUCACCGAUCGUCAGUACAUUAUUGGUUUUGUGUGGGAUAUACUGGGAUCUGCACUCCACGGUCUGAUUUUCGCCUUAUCAGAGUUGAUUUUUGUGAAAUUACUUGGUAAAAGGUCUUUCCUUGUUGUUCUUGAGCAGCAACUCAUGGUUUCCCUCUUUGCGUUUAUAUUCACAACAAUCGGACUGGUUAUGAGCAACGGUUUCCAUGGGAUGAAAUCCGAGGCAAGUACAUUCAAGGGUGGGGAAAACGCGUAUUACUCAGUUAUCGUUUGGGGGACUAUCACUUUCCAGUUGGGAGUGUUGGGAGCCACCGCAGUUGUGUUCCUCUCAUCCACUGUCUUGGCUGGUGUCCUUAACGCUGUAAGAGUACCGAUCACUAGCAUUGCUGCUGUGAUAUUGUUGCAUGAUCCUAUGAGUGGUUUCAAGAUCCUGUCUUUGAUUAUUACAUUCUGGGGAUUUGGCUCUUAUAUCUACGGUAGCUAUACUCCCGCGAAAAAGGAAGCCUCGAGAACUCUCUCUUAGUUUUCGUGUUUUCCUCCAUUGAUAAAAGGAUUGAAGAACACAAAGUUUAUGUAUUAUAUGUACUAGCUGGUUCUGUUGAAAUGAAGUUGAAACCUAUGUUGCUCGGACUCUUCCCAAGUGUUGUGGAGAGGCGUGGCGGAUCCACCAAAAAGUAGUACAUUUUUUCGAGGAUCAGACACGGGUGCGGUAACAUAUUUAGGUUGAAACUAUGUACAUGUAGAAGGUAGCAAAGAAAAUAAACUUUGUUGCCAUUUCACUAUUUUUCUAUAUAUAGACAUGCAACAUUAUAUCAAGAUGUAUUUUUUAUUUAUGUAUCGGUUCCUAAUACUUGUCAUUUCACAAAACUAAUACAUAAACGAUAAAUGAAAUUAUUCUUUCUAUUUUA